CCCCUGCUAAAAUCAAGUUAUCCUUCGAAAUACUGGGAACAGACAAACACAAACUGAACAUUCUGCAGCCAGUAGCUAAAUAGUUUCCCUUCAAAGGACAAAACCAAAAAGAAUCUCUAUGAUUCUGAUUCUUUAGAGGGAGAGAGAGAAUCUCCGAGAAAUGCGGUCUAUACCGUUGGGGAUUGCAGUGUCCCCAACCUCCAGAAACGACAAUCUUAUUUUAAAUUUCAAGAAACAGCAACAGCAGCACCAAUCCUUCUUUAACUCUUCUUCUUCUUCUUCUUCUUACAAGGUUUCUCACGAUCCCUCUCUCUCUCCUCUAUCCAAAUCAGGAGUAUGCAGGGCGAGUCAAGUGGUUGAAUUAUUCUCUACCGUGUCUCAGGAAAUUGUUGUAAGGGAGGCAAGGCUAGAGGAUUGUUGGGAAGUGGCAGAGACUCAUUGCAGCUCCUUCUUCCCUGAAUACUCCUUUACUUUAGAUUUUGUGUUGAGGAUUGACAGGUUAGUGGCAAUGUUAUCAGGAUUCUCUAUGCCACCAAAUGGUUGCAAGAGAACUUGUCUGGUUGCUGUCAUUGGUAGCUCAGGUGAUGGAACUUUCUGCUUUGGAAGUGAAGAUUUCAAAAUUGGAGGUUUUGAUGGGAAAUUCAGUCUCAGUAGAGAACAUGUUACUGGGAUAUUGACUGUGGAUACAGUGGCUGAUUUUCUUCCGAGAAAAGGCCCACUUUGGCAGAGAAGGUCAGUCUAAUAUUUGCUUCUGGGACUAUCAAGCGUUCAUGACUGCCUAAACAUUGUGUUGCAUUGAGCUUUCGAUUUUUCAGCUAACCAGCAAGCAAGCGUAGUAUGUACAUGUUAUUAAUAGUGGCGCCACAGCUGAAGUAAAUAUCAGAUAACUGGUUUUUC